AACUACCACGCCCCUUACAGGAAACAUAUCUAGGCUAGCUAUUGAAACUGUGGAAUACUGAAAGUGUGCUCACUUACCUGCUCUCUGCUUCGUCUCAAGAUGGCAAAAGGGAGUUCUGUUCUCAGCAAUAUCUUCGGCUUUUUCAAUCUGCUUUUUGCGAUUGUCGGUGCUGUUGUUAUUGUCUUGGCAAUACUAGUCCAUGUUCAUCUCAGUAAUGUGCAGGAGUUUGAAAAGAUCGGUGGAGUCGUCAUCCUGUAUGUGAUUGGAUUUAUCACAUUGACCAUCUCGUUUUUGGGAGCUUACGGGGCAUUCAGACAAGUGAAAUGGAUGCUGAUCGUGUUCUUGGUGCUGAUGUGUGUUGGCUUUCUGUUCCUGGCACGCAUUGCAGUAACUUUGGCCAUCGUGCGACCACAGGUUGAUAGCAUCGCAGAGGAACAGCUUGAUGCGGUUUUGCCAUUGGAUAAGACUUCUAUGGAUUUCCAGUCAAUUAUGGAUGCAUUUCAGUCUUCGAUGCACUGCUGUGGUCUUUCCAACGGAUACAAGGACUGGAAUGAGAACGUGCCCGAAUCCUGCAACUGCCCUCCCCCAGAGGAGACAAUGACAGAUGUCUGUGUGGUUAUUCCAGGAAACUACCUCGAGGCUCUCUUCUCCCAGCGUAUGGUGUACAGACAGUCGUGUGGCCCUAUUCUCCUGAACCUCCUGAAGACAGCGUUUGAUGGUGUGAUGGGGGUCUUCUUUGGGCUGACCACUUUGACUGUUUUGGCCAUUGCGAUCUCCAGCUGUCUGAUUGCUCGGAUCAACAAGAACAGAAUUGCAGGAGUUGUGCUUGGACCUACCUUGGUCUUUAGCACCUCACCACCCAAGUACAACGAGCUGGUCAAUGAACCGUACCAUUAGUUCCUUCGUGCCCCUGGAGGUACAUGGUGGCACUUGCUGUAUCGCUUGAUUUGGGCAGUGAUCUUUUCUUGGCAGGAUCACUGUAAGUAAAUGAUUCAUUAGUCACUUAAUCUACAUCUUAUGCCCCUCUGCACAAAGUUAAUGAAAUGCAAACACAAUAUUGCAAUCAAGAAAUUAUAAAAUCACUAGCCAUGCUUAGCCAUCUCGCUUUGCUCACCGACAACUGUGUAGCAUGAAAAUUGAUGAAAAGAAUGUUUUUAUGUAGAGUAUAUGCUGAGUCAUUUUUGGGGCUUGACUGCAUUUUGGCAGUUUAUUGUACAUUUAUCACUUUAGUUUGAAAAGACUUAAAAAAGGGAAAGUGUAUUUUGUCUAAGUUUCUGAAAUAAAAUGAUUGUACCAGA